AUGGCUGAACACUUGGCGAGCAUCUUCGGCACCGAGAAGGACCGCGUGAACUGCCCGUUCUACUUUAAGAUCGGCGCGUGUCGACACGGCGAUCGGUGCUCUCGAUUGCACAAUAAACCGUCGGCGUCGCAGACGGUGUUGUUGACGAACAUGUACAGGGCGGAGGGCGCGGGCGGGACGGUGGACCCGCGAGACGCGGCGAGCGGGAAGAGCGCGAGCGCGAGCGCGGGCCAAGGGCACUUCGAGGCGUUCGUGGAGGACUUAUUCGAGGAGUUGGAUGAAUGCGGGGAGAUUGAGGGGGUGAACGUGUGCGAUAACGCGACGGAUCACAUGGCGGGGAACGUGUACGUGAAGUUUGUAGACGAAGACGGAGCGAGACGGGCGUUGGAGAAGUUGCAGGGGCGGUACUACGAUGGGAGGCCGAUCUUGGUGGAGUACUCGCCGGUGACGGAUUUUAAAGAGAGCACGUGCAGGCAGUAUGAGGAGAACUCGUGCACGCGGGGGGGAUACUGUAACUUCAUGCACCUGCGGCCCAUCGGGCGGUCGAUGCGGAAGCAGUUGUACGGACGGUACCUGGAGCGAAGGAGACGAGACGACGACGAGCGACGGGAUCGUCGGUCGAGAAGUCCGCCGAGGAAGCGCUCUCGCGACGACGAAGACGAUGGACGCGUCAACGCGAAGGGGAUGUCCGACGACGCACGACGAGCCAUGUUCGCGCAGUGGAACGAAGAGGGUGCGGAUUGA